AUGUCCGGAAGCGCAGGAAGCCCGCUGCCACAAGGCGCUGGCUACGCUGUUGUGAUCGGUUUAGGAUUUGUUUUUGCGGCUGGUAUGAUUUUAACCACCUUUAUUCUUCGUCGCUAUCAGAAGGAAAUUAUCACAUCAGAGGAAUUCUCGACCGCUGGUCGAUCUGUGAAAACCGGGCUUAUUGCAGCAGCAGUUGUGUCUUCGUGGACGUGGGCAGCUACUUUGCUGCAAUCGUCUACCCAAGCUUACAAGAACGGCAUAUCUGGUCCGUUCUUUUAUGCGGCUGGUGCAUGUUGUCAGAUCAUCCUAUUCGCAUUCAUUGCCAUAAAGGCCAAACAGAAGGCUCCAGAUGCGCAUACUUAUUUAGAAAUUAUCAAAACCAGGUAUGGGGGUGCUGCUCACGCAGUUUUCGUUUUCUUUGCCGUUGCGACAAAUGUGCUGGUCACUGCAAUGUUGCUUACUGGCGGUGCUGCCACGAUCAGUGAUCUGACUGGUAUGAAUUCGGUGGCCUGCAUCUUCCUGCUACCAGUGGGCGUUAUGAUCUAUACUUUGUGUGGUGGUAUCAAGGCUACUUUUUUGACAGACUACGUUCACACUAUUGCCCUUGUGGUUAUCAUCCUUACAUUUGCCUUCACAACUUAUGCUACCAGUGAUAAACUGGGCUCUCCAGGAGCUGUCUGGGAGCUAGUCACUCAGGCCGGAAAGGAUCACCCUGUGGAAGGUAAUGCAAAGGGUUCCUAUCUGACUAUGAAUUCUAGAUCGGGAGGUAUCUUCUUCGUGAUUAAUAUUGUGGGUAAUUUCGGCAGUGUUUGGUUGGACAAUGGUUAUUGGAACAAAGCCAUUGCUUCUUCUCCAGCAGCUGCUUUGCCUGGGUAUGUUCUAGGCGGUCUCGCUUGGUUUGGUAUACCUUGGCUUACCGCAACUACUCUCGGUCUGGCUUGCCUAGCACUCGAGUCCUCUCCUUCUUUUCCUACCUAUCCAAAUAGAUUGAGCGCUGAGGAAGUUGCCGCGGGCCUGGCUUUACCAAACGCUGCUGUGGCUCUGAUGGGGAAGAGCGGUGCAGUAGCCACUCUUAUUAUGGUUUUCAUGGCUAUCACAUCGGCAAUGUCUGCCGAGCUGAUCAGUAUCUCUUCCAUUUUCACUUACGAUAUUUACAAGGGCUACAUUAAUCCUAAUGCGAGCGGCAAGAAACUGAUCUUUUCAUCACAUGCUACUGUUGUUGUUUUCACGCUCGUUAUGUCAGGCUUUGCUACUGGGCUACAUUACGCAGGCAUUUCCAUGGGUUAUUUAUACGAUUUGAUGGGUAUCAUCAUUUCAGCUGCUGUCGUGCCGACUGGGGCCACUUUGCUAUCCAAAAGACAAAACAGGAUUGCUGCUAUUGUGUCCCCAAUACUUGGGACAAGUACUUCAAUCAUGGCUUGGCUAGUUUGCACGAAGGUUCAGUAUGGAUCUAUCACAGUCGACAAUACUUAUCAAGACGAUCCUAUGCUUGUUGGAAAUGUCGUAGCGUUACUCUCACCUGCAAUCUACAGCCCCAUUUUGACAGUUAUCUUCGGGCCACAGAACUUCGAUUGGGACGUUUUAAAACAAAUUAAGAAAGUUGACGAAUUUGAAGAGCUAGAAGACGUUCUUCCGACAACCUACAAGGAAGUUACAGAAAACAAUAGCGACGAAGGCUCUGAUAAAUUGAAACAAGUAAGAUCACAAGUUUCGGAAGUUCUUGAUGGCCUUGUCGACGAUAAAUGCAUUGCGCAGCACAAGGCAGAAGAAGAGCAUUUGAGAAAAGCCUCGAAAAUCGCAGGGUAUCUUUCCUUGUUCCUAAGUAUUGCAAUGCUGGUCGUUUGGCCAAUGCCAAUGUACGGUUCCCAGUAUAUCUUUUCCAAGGAAUUUUUCACUGGAUGGGUCGUUGUUGCAAUAAUCUGGAUGUUCUUUACCGCAUUCACCGUCAUCGUAUAUCCUUUGUACGAAGGAAGACAUGUCAUUUUCACUUCACUUCGGGGUAUCUAUUGGGAUCUCACAGGACAAUCGCAUAAGUUGAGAGAGUGGCAGACUGAUCAUCCUGAAGAACUUCAUGUCGUACAGAGUCAAAUGUCUAACAGAGUUCGAGAGUACUCUAAUAUCGACGACAAUUUGGAAUAG